CUCCCUUCCACAUCCCGUCGGUUUUUUUUUUUACCAGACCGGGUCGAGCGCGGAAAAAGCCGGGCAGGUUCCAGCCUCGCUCAUAACUCUCUCGUGUAAUAAAUAAUUGUAUACACUGGCCUUUCUAGAACUAUCAUUGCUUCCCGUUUCCUCUGCCAGAAGGAGAAGGGAAAUAGAGAAAGAAAGGAGAAAGAAAAACACGGGAGGGAGACCGGAUCCGAGGAGGAGUGGUACCUCUUCCAGAAUUUCCCCCAAACAGCUCCGAGAAAACAGAGACUAUAACCCUACACUCUUGUAAUUCAAAGGAAGGAAGGAUGUCCGGCCAAAGCCAGCGUCUGAAUGUGGUGCCGACGGUGACGAUGCUCGGGGUGAUGAAGGCUCGCCUGGUGGGCGCCACCCGCGGCCAUGCCCUCCUAAAGAAGAAGAGCGAUGCCCUCACUGUCAAGUUUCGGGCGAUCCUGAAGAUGAUUGUCUCCACCAAGGAAUCCAUGGGCGAGAUCAUGCGUGCCUCCUCCUUCGCCCUCACGGAGGCCAAGUAUGCGGCUGGCGAGAACAUCAAGCAUGUUGUCCUCGAGUCGGUUAAGUCUGCCUCCCUCCGUGUGCGCUCCCGCCAGGAGAAUAUCGCCGGUGUCAAGCUCCCACGGUUCGAGCACUUCACCGACCCGGGCGCUGGCGAUACCAAGGCUGACCUCACCGGCCUUGCCCGUGGAGGCCAGCAGAUCCAGGCUUGCCGUGCUGCGCAUGUCAAGGCCAUUGAGGUCCUCGUGGAGCUGGCCUCCCUCCAGACCUCCUUCCUCACCCUUGAUGAGGCCAUUAAGACCACCAACCGGAGAGUCAAUGCCCUUGAGAAUGUCGUUAAGCCACGCUUGGAGAACACCAUAAGCUACAUCAGGGCGGAGCUUGAUGAGCUUGAGCGAGAGGACUUCUUCCGGCUGAAGAAGAUACAGGGGUACAAGAAGAGGGAGAUUGAGCGGCAGCUCCAGGCUGCAAAGCAGUUCGCUGAAGAGCAGUUUUCUGAGAAGGUCUCACUCAAGAAGGGUAUCUCUAUUAGCUCUGCCCACAACCUGCUUGUUGCUGGGACCGAGAAGGAUGAGGAUAUUAUCUUUUGAUGCAGGAACAUCCUUGUGGUGAUUAGGUGGGUUGCUCUCAUGAUGUUUCUAAUAAAGGUUUUUUUGCCUUUUUAGUGAUUGUGUGCAUAUUCUAUGCUUCGACAUUUUUUUGCUUAUCAAUUCUAGUUAUUUGUGUGAUAAAUUCCAUUUUUUAAGAUAUUUAUGCAUAUAGUAUACUAUAAUGUCGAUGUGCGGGAUGUUCAGUUAACUACCUAGAUCAACGAUGUGGAGAUGUAUCUGGUUUGUUGUAUGAAGUUCCACCAAUGUAGCUUUCAGGA